UGCAGUACUUUUCAGUGAAACAUACAAACUUCAACCGGCAUCAUCAGCAACAAAACAGGAACAAACGUGAUGACCCGUGUUCGGUACCUGUUGGAUUUAGCUCUAUUUGUGCUACUGGAAGCUCUGGUCGUACAGUGCAAUGUAACGCCAGACCUGCAGCUAGUGGAAUUCGGACAGAGCAGUGCCACCGAUAGGAUUUGUUAUUACAGUAAAAUUUUCGCUGGAAGAUCCAGUCCCAAGCUGUUCAAUUUUAACAACCCCACCAACAUGCCCAUCACAUAUGUCAAAGUACAGCAAUCAUCAAGCAGUCACAGUGGAGUAGUUGCACAAAUCACAAGUGGCGCUAUCGGAACACGUUCGAUUACCGUGUUCGUUCAAGCAGCAUCAAACCGACUAUCUUUCGGUGCCAACGUUAUCAUCGAGAUGAUGUGCACUCCUCCAGCCUCCACUACUACAGCUGCAGUAACUGUCACUCCAACUGGAUCCGCAACGACAUCUACUACCGUCUCCGGAUUCACGUUAACUGGUUUAGGAACAACAACAACGGCAGCAGCUUCGACGACAACCGCAGCAACGACGACAACCGCAGCAACGACGACAACCGCAGCAACGACGACAACCGCAGCAACGACGACACUUGCAGGCUAAGCCAGUAAUAGAGUUUUAUUUUUGAGAACAUCCCGAGGAAAAGUCGAAAAUAACCUAAAACCUAAAUUUCCUUUAUUCAAUUGUAACUUCGAUUGUACCAUAGGAAAAAAGUGAAUUAAGAAUGUUUCAUUGCACUAAUAAACGUUUGUUUCUUAAUCAUCGUACACAAUAAAUAUUUUACACUUCAA